GCAGCCGCAGUUUUGCGAAACUUCACUCUUUGUGCCGCUUGCUUUGGAUUGCAGGGCUGAAGUUACCAGUGGCGCUGAAGCGGGCCCCGGGAUGUCUUGCUGCGGCCAAUACGAGAUGCUACCUCUGGCUGCAGCAUCUGUUGAUACAGGGCGUUGUUAAGGUAUCUGGUAGAGACGUAUCUCCCAGGGAAUGGCGGCCACAGAUUUACAGGAGGUCCACAGACGUUGUGUGGCUUGUUAUCUUCUGUCUUUUCUGGGGUGGAAUGCUGGCUAUGCUGUGACAGUGGGUUCUGCAGAAAGACUCAUCUUUGGGUACGACAGCUUUGGAAACACUUGUGGAAAGAAAAACUCUCCAAUUAAGGGGGCCUCGCUGUCAGGACAAGACAUGACCAACAGAAAACACGUAUUCUUUCUGAACACCUGCAAUGUGGACAUUAAGAACCAUCAAAUAAAUUCAUUGUCUAUUUGUGUAUCUGGCUGUCCUCAAGAGCAGCUGAAUGGACUAGAAGAGCUGAAACAUUUUGCUCAGUACAAUGGUUCCUAUUUAUGUGUGUAUAGUUUAAACGUUUCCGACUACACAGAGCCUUCAAAAGCAGCUCGUCUCUGCCCCAAAUUACCAAUCCCGCCAAGCAAGUCAUUCCCACUCUUCAAUCGCUGUGUCCCUCAGAGCCCUGCCUGCUAUGCCCACUUUCUCACCAUCCUCAUCAAUGUGGUCAAGGAGAGCGACUUCUUCCAGCGCAUCAUAGGCGGCAUCAUGGCAAACAAAGAGUACAUUAUAGGACUCAGCUUUUUUGCAGUAGUCCUCUCUUUCAUCAUGGUGGUUGUCUUCAGAUUCAUCGCCACACUAUUGAUUCAUAUCUUCAUCGCUCUGGUAAUUUUUGGAUUGCUGUUUGUGUCAGGUGUUCUGUGGUGGCUGUACUAUGACAAUGUGAAUGACCCCAACAUAGUCUUGGAAACAGAGAAGGAAAACACAAAAGCGCUUCUGGGAUUUGCUAUUACUGCAACCAUCAUAUCGGUAAUCCUUAUGGUGUUGACUUUGGUGAUGUGGAAAAGGAUCAGCCUGAUGGUUCAGCUGUUUCGGAUUGCCAGUAACCUACUUGGGAGUGUUCCUCUCUUACUUUUCCAACCAGUGUGGACCCUCAUCAUCCUCGCUCUGUUCUGGAUGUACUGGGUAGCCGUGCUUCUAAGUCUGGGCACUGCAGGUAAUGCUUAUGUAACCGCAGAUAACCUGGUUGAGUACAGACUACUGUCUGGAAUACGGUACAUGUGGUGGUACCAUGUAAUUGGACUGAUCUGGACCAGUGAAUUUCUUGUUGCUUGUCAGCAGAUGACAAUUGCUGGGGCUGUGAUGCGCUGUUACUUCAACAGGGACAAAAAUAAUCCGCCCGGCCACCCAAUCCUCACUUCUGUUUCGAGGCUCUUUAAUUACCAUCUGGGAACGGUUGUUAAAGGUUCAUUUAUAAUCACGCUGGUCAGAAUUCCACGGAUUGUUCUCGUGUACGUUCACAGCUGUCUAAAAGGAAAGGAAAGUGCUUGUGCCAGAUGUCUGGUUAAAUGCUGUACGUGCUGUCUCUGCUGUCUGGAAAAGUGGCUGCGAUUUUUAAACCAGAACGCAUACAUUGCAACUGCAAUCAAUGGGACAAGUUUUUGCACCUCAGCCAAAGAAGCUUUCUUUCUAAUUGUAAACAAUGCACUGAAUGUGACAACAAUCAACUGCUUUGGAGACUUUCUACUGUUUCUUGGAAAGGUGUUUGUAGUGUGUUUCACAGUCUUUGGAGGCCUCGUGGCAUUUAACUACAAUCAUGAUCUGAAUGUUUGGGUUAUCCCACUUAUAUUGGUGUCCUUUUUUGCCUAUUUGGUGGCACAUUGCUUCUUGUCAGUGUUUGAAAUGGUGCUGGAUGUCUUGUUUAUGUGUUAUGCUGUUGACCUGGCAACUAAUGAUGGGUCAGCAGAAAAACCCUACUUCAUGGACAAGGAGUUAAUGAAAUUUAUGGGCAAAAGCAAUCAAAAGCUUAAGAGGACCAGUCAAAGUGACAAACCAAACCUGGAAAAUAACCCAAACACAGAACUACUGCCAAUGGGCACAAAUACAGCAUGAUGGGGGCUCCAAUGAACUAAGUAUCAACGUUCCAACAAUCCCUUCGCAUUUGAUUACUGCAAGCCAAGUGGAGAGCUGAGCCCUACUAUCAAUUUAGCCUGAGUUGUCUGUUCCACACAGAUCCACUUUGAGUAAUCCCAUCAGGAUGAGCACUUGGCACAUCAUAACAUUCAAGGCUAUGGGCCAAGUGCUGGUAAAUGGGAUUAGGUAGGUAGGUCAGGUGUUUCUCACGUGUCGGUGCAGACUCGAUGGGCCGAAGGGCCUCUUCUGCACUGUGAUUCUGUGAUCUCGUUACAGUGAUACCAAUAUCCAUUCAGAAGCGGAUUUGUCAGUAAUGGAGGGGCCUUAUGUUACUUCUGCCCACACAUUUAACACGAAUAUUCAGUUUUACAAGAUGAUAUUAGCUCUAGGUUGGAUCUGAAAAUUUCCCCAAAUGGCUGCUAGCUCCCUUGCUAAUGAUUGUAGAGAGUUUAAAUGCUGCCAUCCAUGUUUCAGGGCAGGUGAAUUUUUCACAAUAUAUUUAAAAUGUGCCAUUAAUUGAGUUCUGAUUAUCUUACUGGAGGGUUGUAAAAUGUUAACUAAUUCUCUAUUGUAAAUACUACCAGAACUUGAAUAGUCCUAUUAAAUUAAAUACAUAAACACCAAUGCUAAUCACUAUUCAUUUUACAUUUUUUGAGAUUGGAGCUUCUAAGCUCUUUAAAAAUAAUCAUUUAACAGUUUUAUUUAUUAAAUCUCUAAUAUUAUGAUGUACUGCAGUGAACCCUCUUUACUUACUGAUCCCUUCUACUGAAGCCCACCCCAGCUCUGCUUUAUUGCUAGAAGCAUGUUGUCCCCUGCUGUGCUUUUCACCCUUUUCUAAAAAAAAUAAAAAGCAGGCACCGUAAAAGUGGCUGUGAAGUUGUCAGAUUGUCAUAAGAAUCAAUGUGGUUCAUUAAUGGCCUUUAAAAGGAAGGAAACCUGCCAUCCUUUCCUAUUCUGGACCAUAUGCGAUUCCAGACCCACACCACUUGGUUUGAUCCUUAACUGCCCUCUGAAGUCAUUCAAUUCUAUGUAGCUGUUACAGAGGAAAACGCAACAGUUCUAAAGGAGCAGGCACACUCCCACCUAAGGGCAAGCAGGGACUGGCAAUAAAUCCCAAACUCACUAGUGAUGCCCACAGCCAGGGAAUGGAAUAGAACCCUGUGGAUCUAGAUAAAGUAGGCUAACAUGUCAGAGAAUUCUGUAGGCAUUACCUUCAAAUAAACGGUUAACUUUGAGUCUUCUGCUGCUGGCCGGCCUCAUUUGCUGGCAGCAAUCAUCAGACAUGCAGGCACACCUUACCUAGUUUCAUGCGAGCCAGCAUUGCAGGCUUGAAUAUUUGGAAUGUGCCACACAGCAACAUCCAUUUGUGAAAUGAUCCUAUUCUUAACCCACUUUGCUCUCUACCAUUCUUCCCAUUAUUAAGACUGCCUUAGUAGGAAGAUAGGUCAAGGUGGGAGGAAACUCAUGUGGAGCCCAAGCAACAGCCUAGACCUGCUGGGCAAAAUGGCAUGUUUCUGUAUUGUAAAUUCUAUGCAGCACAAGCUCAAACCUGAUGAAAAAUCUCCUUACUGGGCCUAAAGUAAACAAAAUGAAUAUUACAUUUGCUGUAGCUGUAGAAUGACAAUGUUAAAAGGUGUCCCUGGUAAGAAAGGUGCAUCCACUGCUAUUAGUUCUAAUACUUAAGAUACUGCAGUUUUAUUUUUAAAAUUGCUCCUUUUUGAUAGUCGACAUUACAAAUAUUUCACUUACCAAGCACCAAGAGUUUACUUUGGUGGGGGUCACUUCACUCAAUCUAAGUUUUGUUUUUGGUUUGAGAAAACAAGGGUUAAGUUUGAACUAUUUUGUAUAGAUUGUAAUUAAGAUUUUGCAUUUUAAGAGGUGAAGCCAUGGGGUAAGCCUCUCCUUCGAAGCACAUUAGGACAAAUCCUGUCUUUUACAAGGGAGUUGAGUUCAUUUAAAAAAUGUAAAAUAAUAUCAACUCUAAAAGUUACGUGACAGGGUGAAUCAAUUUUUGGUAUCCUGUCACAGAAAAGGGCACACUUACUGAUGUUUUUACUAUGUUAAAUCUCAUUGUAAAAUUAAAAAUUUGGACAUUAAAAA